AUGCUUAGAGAGAAUGUUAGUGCAAUCACAUUGAGGAGUGGUAAGGAGUUGAAGCCGCCUGUUGAGUUAGUAAAAGAGCCAGAAUUGGAUCCAGAAAUUCUUUCUUCAGAUCAAACCGUUUUUCCACCACAAAAUAAACAGGGAGUAUCUUCUCACCCUUAUCCUUCUUUAGAUGCAUAUGUACCUAAAGCCCCUUCUCCCUCCAAGCUUACUAGGCCAAAGGAAGCAAUUGCAUACAAAGACAAGGAGCUUUUGGAGAUGUUUAGAAGCAUUGAGAUAAAUAUUCCUCUCCUCAAUGCUAUCAAGGAAAUCCUCAAAUAUGCAAAAUUUUGUAAGGAGCUUUGCACGAGGAAAAGACAAGCCAAGGAAAAAGAGAGAAUGGUGGUAAGCCAAUCCGUAUCUACAAUCCUACAGAAAAACUUGCCAAAAAAAAGAAGGAUCCAGCACUUAACUGAAAAUGGAAUUGUCAUACAAUUAGUAGAUAGGUCCUUUAUUCACCCAUUAGAAGUCAUAAAGGAUGUCCUAGUCCAAGUCAAUGAGUUGCGUUUUCCUGCCGAUUUCUAUGUUCUUAAGAUGGAAGAGUCCAUAUCCAUAUCAUCGACAUCAAUCUUUCUUGGGUGUCCUUUUAUGAAGACGGCUAAGACUAAGAUUGAUGUAGAUGAGGGCACUUUGUCUGUAGAGUUCGAUGGUGAGUUGGUCAAGUUUAACAUUUUCGAUGCUAUGAAAACUUCCAGCAUAGGGCAAGAGGUUAUAUGGGAUGUCUAUGAUGACAAUGAGGAUGACUCAAAAGAUUUAAUCCCACUUGGAGAGCUUGCCACUUUGUCCAUGAUAGAGCAGGCACCUAAAUUCGAGCUGAAGGAGCUUCCAGACCACUUAAAGUAUGCCUAUUUGGGGGAAGCUGAGACCUUACUUAAAUAUAAGCUGGCCAUUGGAUGGACACUAGCUGACAUUAAAAGUAUUAGUCCCGCUAUAUGCUUGCAUUGGAUCUCUUUGGAAGAUGGAGCUAAGCCUCGUCGACAGCCUCAACGACAAUUGAAUUCUUUCUUGAAUGAGGUAGUUAUGAAUAAGGUCUUCAAACUCUUGGAUGCAUGUAUUAUCUAUCCUAUCCCUGAUAGCGACUGGAUGCUUGAAAGGCUUGCUAGAAAUCCCUUCUUCCGUUUUCUCGAUGGUUUUUUGAGUUUCUAUCAGAUCCCGAUAAAUCAAAAGGACCAACAGAAUACGACAUUCACAUGUCCUUAUGGUACCUUCUCUUUCAGAAUAAUGUCAUUUGGACUAUGUAACGCUCUCGGCACCUUUCAGCAUUGUAUGAUGUCCAUAUUUUCUGAGUAUAUUGAGAAAUGCAAGGAGGUUUUUAUGGAUGACUUUAUUGUAUAUGGAGACUCAUUUGCUGAUUGUCUGUCUAAUUUAUCUAAGGUGCUAGAAAAAUGCAUUGAGUCUAACCUUGCUCGAAAUUUUGAAAAGUGUCAUUUCAUGGCCUCGCGUGGUAUAGUUUUAGGACAUAUAAUAUCUGAGCAUGGCAUAGAGGUAGAUCCUACUAAAAUUGAUGUUAUUACUAAGCUCCCUUACCCCACAAAUGUGAGGGAGGUUCAUUCGUUUCUUGGUCAUGUAGGUUUCUAUCGCAGGUUCAUUAAAGAUUUUAGUAAGGUUGCUCAGUUGAUGACCUCCUUUCUCCAAAAGAACAUCGCCUUUGAUUUUAAUGACGAAUACAGGAAAAGUUUUGAAGUACUAAAGAACGCCUUGUCGUGCACUCCAGUUAUUCAGGCUCCUCGUUGGGCAAAUCCUUUUGAGAUCAUGUGUGAUACGAGUUACCAUGCUGUAGGAGCAGCAGAUGGUAUUUCUAUGACUCCCUGCUACGCUGACAUUGUGAAUUACAUGACCACUGUGGACUAUGUUUCCAAAUGGGUGGACAAAAAGGCCACAGUUACUGAUGAUGUUAAAGUGGUUGCAUGUUUUUUGAAAACUAACAUUCAUAGCAAGUUUGGCUUCCCUAAAGCAAUCAUCACCGAUUAG